AUGAUGCCAGAUGCAAUAACAAUAGCUUGUCAAUCAAUAACUGAUCUUUUUGAUGUCAUAAAAUUUGACACUGAUAAUCCUCAAUCUGAAAAUGAAAAUGUACCUUUCCUUUACACUAACCAUCCAGAGAGUCAACAAAACAACAACGACUCAAGUCAACAAUUAAACAGCAGCCAGCAUCAACAAACAAGCAACAAUGAUCAACAACAAUCAGUGAACCCUAACAACGGUACUGAACCAUUACGACUCAACCCAGAGUGGAUUGCAAAAGCUCAUCGUCCUGAAAUCUUUUACCAACUUUUACAUACAUACAGUGCUAGAGUUUUGGAGUGGCUGACCAGCCUUAUUCUGAACGAUCCAGAUCACGAUGUUACAAGAUACAAGUUUGGCAUUUUGCACCGUGAGAUCAAUCUCCUUUUAACUGAAACUCUAUCUGUAGAGAAUAUACUUGAAAAUUUCCUUUUGGAAUUUUACCAACAAUUAAAAAACAAGCACGAAAAUGUUCUAUUUGAUGCGGUGUGGAAUUUACGCUGGCUGUCUUUAACUAAAUGCAAAUUCAGUGAAUCUCUGAAGGAUUUUGAAUUAUUUCAAAUUAAUUUUGAAAGUGUGGAACGUGAUUUUAAGCCAGAAAGUUUUCAAAAAGAAUUUUUUAAAUUCAUCUCAGAAGUUUGUAACAAAUAUCUGAGAAAUAAAUCGAUUGUAAAACUCCAAAGAAGCUGCUCUUUGCCAGAUUUGAAACAUGCCAAACAACAUUACUCUCUUAAAUUGUCCCAACUGUUCAAUCAUAGCAAGCUGUUAAAAUCUAAGGAAAAAAAGAGACCACAUCCUUAUUUUACAGUUAACUUGAAUGAACUGACAGCUCUACAACAAUCUAACAAAAACGCAAGCACAGAACACAAUUACGGUGACAUCAACAACAAAAACAUUAAUGACACAAAGAGUAGCCAGGGGAGCAGCAGUUCCAGGCACAUCCCUUUGGAACCACCUGUUUUUUUCAUCUCCCACUACUUUGCAAUGUUAGGUGAGGUACACAAAUAUUUGUUAGAACUGAUGGCAGAUGGCUACCUAGCAGACGAAAACAUGACAUACAUCCCGGUGGACCCUUUGGGCAACUUUCGGGAAGAACCUGAACUUGGAGAAGAGGGCGAGAUUGAGAUGAAUCCAGAUGAAAUCGACAGAUACCUCCCUGCACAAGUUUUCACAGACCAAGCCACCAUAUUCCGAGUUAGCAAGGACACCAAUCGCGACGAUGACGCCGUUGUCACAGACGUGGAGACGGAAACUGUUUGCUGUAACAUCGACAUUCUGCAUUCUUCUCGGGACGUUGAGGAAGGCAACAUUUAUGAAAAGUGCAAGUUAUCAGCUAAUGGUAAUAAACAUUCCAACAAGUCUGAGGUUUACAGACAAUUACCUUGUGGCCAUGUAUUCCAUAAAACAUGUUGUGAUGAGUGGCUUAAGAACGAGGACAAAUUGAAAUAG